AAAAUUAGUUCACUUUCUCUCUGUGUUAUCUGUUUUUGUUUAGUUUCGGGUUCGAAGCAGAUAUGAAGCUACAAUAUUUUUUCUGAAUCUUUGGUCUUUGUAUCUGUUUUUAUUUUUCAUUUUGUAAAAUUUAUAUUCGCCAUGGAAGCUGUGCUUCUGUGCUCGAAGGUUGUUCCUCGAGCUACGACGCCGUUUGAAGAGUCCCGAAAGUUUUCGUUCAGGCAUUUAAACAAACACCUUAAGUGCAAUUCGAUUCGUGCUGAUUCCAGAACCACUCCGUUACUCCCAAGUUUUGAAGCGGUCAAGAGUCAAUCUAUCUGGAGAGGUGCUUCGUUUCCAGUUCGAAAAGGUUCAUGGGUUUCGCCCAGAUGCUCGAUUUCUAGCUCGACUGUUUCCGAUUCCGAUAACCCUUUCCUUAGCCAAUUCAAAACCUUCUCGUUUGGUUCACUGGUGGAGAAAGUUCGGGACUUGAAGAAAGUGAAGCCCAUAGAUGUUGCGAAGUUAACUCUUCUUCUAUCGGUUUUGACUUUAGCUGCUAAAAAGAUUGCGACUUUAGCUCUGGACCCUUUCUUCUGGAUGUAUUUCAGCUGGACAUGGCUGUUCUGGCCUUGGUUUAUCGCUUUUGGGCUUGCGGGUUACGGGAUUUACUGUUUCCGUAAGCACUGGAUUGGAGAAGCCAAUGCCUUUGAGCAGCUUGGUAUUGUAAGUUCAGUUUUCACAUGGCUUACACUUGUGCCUCCUGCUUAUUUCAAUGGCUAUCUUGAAGGCUGGCCUUAUGUGUUCUUCUUGGCUUAUCAUUACUUUUUCUUCUUCAACGUAACUGUGAGAAAAAGGCUCUAUGGAGAUUACUAUGCUCGCUCCCAUGAUCCUAAAUGGGAUGUGAACACGCCUUUAUGGUCUCGGGUUUUGUUUGGUGUUGGUGUCAUGGUUGGACAUUGGCUUGCGGCUUUUGAAGGACCUGAGCUGCAUCGUUUACCAGGUGGUUGGACCAAUGUAGGGAUAUGGAUUUUGAUUGUGGUUACAAUGCUUAUGCAUUACGAUUCAACUCUGUAUCUCGCUAGAUAUUCUGAAAAGGUUGUUGUUCCAACGGCUGUUGUGCAGUUUGGUCCUUAUAGAUGGGUCAGGCAUCCGAUAUAUGCUUCUACGAUGCUUCUCUUUGCUACAUACUGCACUGCUCUGCGUGCGCCUUUGAGUCUGUUGUUUCUUUUAGCGGUUUCUUUGGUUUACUAUAACAAGAAGGCCAAGCUGGAGGAAGAAUUGAUGGUGGAGAAUUUCGGACAAAGCUAUUCGGAUUAUGCUGAUAAGGUUAGGCACAAGUUCAUUCCUUUUGUUUACUAGUGCUUUUUAGAGGAACAUCCGAACAUGUAUUGUGUGUCUAGUUAUCUGGUAUCUAUCAGUCAGAGAUGUAUGAAUGAAGCUGAGUUGGAUUUUGUUAUUUUUAAUGGUAAUGUUAGGCUUGUGAAAGGGAUAUGCUUUUAUGCUAUUCAUGGUUCUCUUACUUUCUAUUUCAA